AUGGAUGUGAUUAAAAAUCCGGGAGUGAACCUCUACCAAGGAAAGGACCAGCCUAAUAAAGGUAAAGGUAAAGGUAAAGGUAAAGGUAAAGGUAAAGGCAAGGGGAAACCAAAGGAUGGAAAGAAGGCAGCAUGUUAUGUAUGUGGCAAAGAGGACCAUAUGUCUCCAAAGUGCCCAGUCAGACUGCUACCAAAGAUCCAAGGGAAGAAUCAGGAUCAAUAUGUUGACUAUGGGAAGAAGCUCAAUCUUAAUCAGAUUGGAGCAACUGUCCCAGCUACUGUUCCUGCUAUAGUUCCUGGAGCUUCAGCAUCCACAAGUAAUCAAAUGAUGCAAGUUCCUUUGGGAAUGCAGCUCAUGCAGAUUCCAACUCAAGGUGGCGGCACUGUUACUGUCCCUUAUUCUAUGAAUGCUAAUGGUGAGAUUGCGUUCAGUGGAAUGCAACUCAGCCAACAAGGCUUCAGUGGUGCUCAAGUGCGCCAAGGAUUCGAUGCAACUCAAGCUCAAACUCUGCAGGUUGUGAAGACUGGCUAUUACGAUACGUCAAAUGUCUUCCACGAUGCUAUCAAGGGAAAGGAUGAGAAUGGCAAUGCUGUCUAUCUUAUUCCAUGUCCUGCUGGUACAACAAAUGUCAAACUUCAAGCCAACUGGCACUAUGCUAGUGAAGAUGAAGAUUUGCCUGAUCUUGCUACUGAAGCAGAUCAAGGUCUGCAGAUUAUUCAAAGCCGAAGAAAGGAAAGAGAUCCAUUUGGGUUGUACGAUCAUGUCAUCAUGGACAGUGGUUGUACAAACACCACCAUUUGUAAUGGUGAGCUGAUGCAUGGACUCCGUCAUGCUGAGAAAGAACUUGAAAUGCACACUAACGUGGGCAGCAGAGUUCUUGACAAAGAAGGUUUUCUUGGAAGAUUUCCACCUCCAGUUUAUCACGAUGAAGAUGGAUUUGCCAAUGUACUUGCUAUGCGCGAGAUGAUUGCUGCGGGAUACCAUAUUAUUAUGGAUACUGAUGCUGACAAUGCUUUUACUGUGCAUUGUGAUGGAAACCGAAAGAUGCGAUUUGUGAAUUGUAAGGGUGUAUAUGUGUUGGAGCAACUUGGAGCGAAAGUCAAACCAGGUGCCAAAGAGACAAGUGGGAUGUACCGUCGCCAGUUAAGCAACUUAAAUAAUCAACCCCAUUCAAACAAACAGAAUGGAUAUGCUGGACUCGAGAUGACCUCCAAGAUGGCAACCGCUUGA